AGCGCGAGCAAGCUAGAUGCGAGAGACGAGGCGAAGGCGGCGGACAGAGAUGGCCGGGAGGCGACGUUUCGCCGACAAGUCCCCAAAGAAAAGGGAAAAAUCCGUGAAAAAGCACGCUGUCUUCGUGUUCAGAUGAAGAGGCAGAACUUCUCUUUUGGACCUUGGCAUCGUUACAGCUGGAUAAAAGAUCGAAGAAUAUUUGGUUCCAUUUGCUGACAAGGAUUUCGAUCUGUAAUUCAGAUGAUGACGAAAAUGGACGCGAAUGUUUCCUUCAGAAGAGGUCUGCUUGAGGACGUGGUUCUGAUUGUAGAAAAGCAAAGAAGACAGCUUGAACCCCCUACUGGACAAUCAAGUGGAGACUACAGCUUUAUCAGGAAGAUGGCGGAUCUGUUUUUUGCUUUUGGAUUUUGGAAAGACCGAACUUUAAAAAAAAAAAUAUAUAUAUAUAUAUACAUAUAUAUUGCUUUCCAUGGUACAUGUGUUUUUUGCCUGUUAUAAUGUGUCUGAAUUUUGUUUUUCUACUGUUUAAUAGUUUUUUGUUACAACAUGCAACCAUGCUUCUGUUUCAGCAAAAAUGUGCCUGUAUAAUUCAAAUUUGAAUAUUCCGUUUUUGAACCAACAAAAUAAAAUUUUAGUUUUUGAACAAUUUCGACUUGCUCUCAUUGGAUGGGAAUACUAUGUCCGUCUCGAAAAACUGAGUUAAGCCUUUCUUCUUAAAAAAGUAAUCAUGCAUCUUAUUUAUUACCAUAGAAUCCUCUAUUCAGGUUCCACCCAUAUGAUGCUUAAGCCUGGCUUCAAAAAAUAAACUUGUAUUGGAUAACUAUCACCCAAUUACCGUCAACAUUUAUAAUCACAAUAGCCUGUGCUAUCCACCAAGUUGAAAUUUUGUAGGGCUAAAUUCAUAUCUUGGCUCAUUGUGUCUAUUAAAUAAAUUACAUUGAAAUAGAAGUCAGUUUGUACUUUGGAAUUGUCUCUAUUUAUGCCAAUGGAUUUCAGCAAUACUUCCUGAAUAAUAUUGCGCAUAUGUAAGCGUGAUGAUACAAAAAGUAGGCUUUCUCACUUUCAACAUGAAUUAAACCUUUUGUAGAGUUAGUUGUAUUCUAAAAUGGUGUCCUAUACAGUCCAACUCACUCUAAAAUGGCUCCUCAUAUCUCAUUUCCUGUCUGAGCAGGAAGUGAUGGCUUGGGGAAAUAUUUUAUGCACCCUAUAAAACAAUAAGUGCUCUUAAUGUCUAAUGCUUUAACGUGUGCUCAGGCUUCUGUGCCGUCCAUUUAGGUUGGUAUCAAAUCUUAAGGCACAACGUGUCAAUGGAACUAUUUGUUCAAAAAUAAAAGGGGUGGGUCUUUAGCACAUCACCUGAAUCCGGGGUAAAUGGAGAGAACGUCAAUCAAAGACUAAGCUCUCAGAGCUGGGAAGGAGCUUUAGAUGGCGGAUGAGCCUUGGGAAGGGAAACGCGCCGAGGCUCGCUGGGCUCUGUAGCACUUCUCCCUCAACUUUCACGAACUUUAAAUUCGCGUUAGGGCUCAUAUUUAAACGGAAUUUAUUCGUGUGUUUCGUGCGGAAAUGCAGAAAGGUUUAUGCGUCGUUUUUUUGUGGCUUUGUUUCGUCGAAAAAAAUGUACGGCUUUAGCGUAGAUGAGACGGUCGUUGUUUUCUCUGCCUUGCACUGGCAGCCAUGGCGGUCCUCCAUUUUUAGUGCGCUGUGCACGGCGCUUUAGAUACUCUCCAUUCAAAAGGCCAUCGUUGAUUUUGUUACUUUAUUUCCUUUUCUAAUUUUAUUACGCUUUGUAUUUUCAUCCGACGCUAUAGAAAAUUUAUAUAUUUUAUUUUUGAUGCCGAAGUAAUAAACCGACAUUUUUGGGGGGCUUUGAAUGUACUGCUACAUUUACCUACCUGUCAAUGGAAUAGUUAAUACCUGGACUAAAGAUCAUCAUUAACAAAAAGUCAGGACAAAACGAUGAUGAAGAACAAGAACAAAAAACAAGGGGACGAUGGUUCGACUCAAAGCAAUGUUUCAAGCAAUUCGGCCUCGGAGGAGUCGAACCAUUCUGGCUCUGAGUCUGGAAGUCAGUCAGAGAGCGAGCAAGGCAGCGAGCAGGCACGCUCACACCAUUCCGAGUCCAACAGCACAUCUGAUUCGGAGAGCCGCUCGGAAUCGGAGAGCGGAUCUACCGGGUCAAAGUCCCGCCAGACUAUUGCUGAGGUCAAGCAAAAACGGGUGAAAAAGAAAGACAGCCUGGCCGACGUGAAGAAGAUGUGGGAGGAGCAUCCAGAUGUUUACGGCGUUAGAAGGUCUAAUCGGAGCCGGCAUGAACCUGCUCGUCUGAAUAUUGGAGCAGAGGGCAGCAGCGAGUCUGAGAGUGAGAGCCCCAAAAGGAAAGGACCACGGCAAAAAAAGAAAGAAAAUACCUGGAAAGAUGAUGACUCAAACGACGAGGAUGAGGAUGAGGAAGAGGCCAGCAGUUCAGAGAGUGAGCAGGAAGAAAUAAAAGUUAGAUCCAGACGGCUUCCUGCUAGAAGACCCCAGACCAAAUCUUCUUCCACCAAGCAGCAUCAAUCUCAGAAGGGUCGGAAACCAAGAAAGCAGGAGACGUCAGAGGAGGAUGAAGAUGAUGACGACGACGAUGAUGACGACGACGAGGAAGAUACUCCAAAGAGACAGACACGCCGCAGGGCAGCUACCAAAGUUAGUUAUAAAGAGGACCAGAAUGAUUUUGAGACUGACUCUGAUGACCUGAUCGAGAUGGCUGAGGGGACAGAAGACAUGCAGGACGAUGACAGUGAGACCAUUGAGAAGGUCAUGGACACCAGGAUUGGCAGGAAAGGAGCUAUCGGAGCUGCCACAACUCUCUAUGCUUUGGAGGCCAAUGGGGACCCAGGAGCAGAUUUUGACCAAGAGAAGGAGGAAGGGGAGACUCAUUUCCUGAUCAAAUGGAAAGGCUGGUCCUACAUCCACAACACAUGGGAGAGCAUGGACUCCCUCACUCAGCAGAAGGUGAAAGGAAUGAAAAAGUUGGAGAACUUCAAAAAGAAGAAUGAGGAGCUGAGUGCUUGGCUGAAAAAAGCAUCACCUGAGGAUUUGGAAUAUUACAACUGUCAGCAAGAGCUGACCAUUGAUCUGAACAAGCAAUUUCAAAUAGUGGAAAGAGUCAUUGCAGUGAGAACAGGAAAGUCACAAGUGCCCUCAGAUUUUCCCUCUCAUAAGACGACUUCCAGUGAGCCUGAGUACUUGUGUAAGUGGAUGGGCUUGCCCUAUGCGGAGUGCACUUGGGAAGAUGGGGCCUUGAUAGGAAAAAAGUUCCAGUCUUGUAUAGAUAGCUUCAACAACAGGAACGUCUCGAAGACUAUCCCCUCCAAAGAUUGUAAGGUGUUAAAACAGAGGCCUAGAUUUGUUGCACUAAAGAAACAGCCAUCUUACAUCGGGGAUGAAAACUUGGAGCUGAGAGACUACCAGUUAGAUGGGUUGAACUGGCUAGCCCACUCUUGGUGCAGGUGUAACAGUGUUAUCUUGGCUGAUGAGAUGGGCCUGGGGAAGACCAUCCAAACCAUUUCAUUCCUCUCCUACCUAUUCCAUCAGCAUCAGCUGUAUGGGCCCUUCCUCUUGGUUGUGCCCCUGUCUACACUCACAUCCUGGCAACGGGAGUUCAACACCUGGGCUCCUGACAUGAAUGUUGUGGUCUAUCUUGGGGAUGUCUUGAGCAGGAAGACGAUUCGUGACUAUGAAUGGAUCCACCAGCAGACCAAAAGGAUCAAGUUCAAUGCACUUUUGACCACGUAUGAAAUUCUACUGAAAGAUAAGGGUGUUUUAGGGAACAUAAACUGGGCCUUUCUCGGGGUAGAUGAGGCUCACCGGCUGAAGAAUGAUGACUCGCUGCUGUAUAAAACGUUGAUCGAUUUCAGGUCCAACCACAGGCUGCUCAUCACAGGGACACCACUACAGAACUCCCUCAAAGAGCUCUGGUCCCUUCUGCACUUUCUCAUGCCUGACAAGUUUGAGUCAUGGGAGGAUUUUGAGGAUGAGCAUGGUAAGGGCAGGGACAAUGGUUACCAGAGCCUUCACAAAGUACUGGAGCCCUUCUUGCUGCGCCGUGUAAAGAAGGACGUGGAAAAAUCCCUGCCUGCAAAAGUGGAGCAGAUCCUCCGAGUAGAUAUGUCUGCCCAGCAGAAGCAAUUCUACAAGUGGAUUCUCACAAGGAAUUAUAAAGCCCUCUCCAAAGGCACUCGGGGCAGCUCCUCGGGCUUCCUAAACAUUGUCAUGGAGCUGAAGAAGUGCUGUAACCAUGGCUUCCUCAUUAAGCAGCCAGAGGAUGGAGAAAGUGAAAUCCCGCAGGAACACUUGCAGGCACUGGUCCGGGCAGUGGGAAGCUUGUCUUCUCGAUAAGCUGCUCACCCGCUGAGGGAACGGGGCAACCGUGUGCUCAUUUUCUCCCAGAUGGUCCGCAUGCUGGACAUCCUGGCCGACUACCUGGCUAUUAAACGCUAUCCCUUCCAGCGCUUGGAUGGUUCCAUCAAAGGAGAGCUAAGGAAACAAGCACUUGACCUUAAUGCCGAGGGCUCUGAGGACUUCUGCUUCCUGUUGUCCACCCGUGCCGGAGGCCUGGGCAUCAACCUGGCCUCAGCCGACACCGUGGUCAUCUUCGACUCAGACUGGAACCCCCAGAACGACCUGCAGGCACAGGCCAGAGCCCACAGGAUUGGACAGAAGAAACAGGUCAAUAUUUAUCGGCUGGUCACAAAAGGGACUGUGGAGGAGGAUAUUAUUGAAAGGGCAAAGAAGAAGAUGGUUCUAGACCAUCUUGUGAUUCAGAGAAUGGACACCACUGGAAGAACAGUACUGGACAACAGCUCAGGCAAUUCAAACUCAAACCCUUUUAAUAAGGAGGAACUGGCAGCCAUCUUGAAGUUUGGUGCUGAGGAUCUGUUUAAAGAGGCAGAAGAGGAGGAGGCUGAGCCCCAGGAGAUGGAUAUUGAUGAGAUCUUGCGGCUGGCUGAGACCAGAGAGAGUGAUCUAGGCUCCAGUGCUACAGAUGAGCUGUUGUCCCAGUUUAAGGUGGCUAACUUUACCAUGGAUGAGAGCACACCUGAGCUGGAGGAGAAGCCCAUGAGGGACUGGGAUGAGAUCAUCCCGGAGGAGCAACGGCGACGGGUGGAGGAAGAGGAGAAGCAAAAGGAGAUGGAGGACAUCUACAUGCUGCCCAGGAGCAGGAGCUCCAACAAGAGAGCGCAGGCCAACGACAGUGACAGUGACGUGGGUUCCAAACUCAAGCUGAAGGGCCACUCGUCAGGCUCAGAGAGCGAGACAGACGACAGCGAGGACGACAAGAAGCCCAAGCGUCGAGGCCGGCCGCGCGCCCGCAAGAACAACGUGGAGGGCUUCACCGAUGCCGAGAUACGCAGGUUCAUAAAGGCUUAUAAGAAGUUUGGAGCCCCGCUUGAGAGGCUGGAGGCUAUUGCCCGUGACUCUGAGCUGGUGGAUAAGUCGAUAGCAGAUCUGAAGAGACUUGGAGAGCUGGUCCACACGUCCUGUGUGACUGCUGUACAGGAGCAUGAGGAACAUAUGAAAGAGAAUCCCACAGAAGCUAAAGGGCCAGGGAAAAGACGAGGAAUCAACAUCAAGAUCUCAGGGGUCCAGGUCAAUGCCAAGUCCAUCAUCCAGCAUGAGGAAGAGUUUGAGCCUCUUCACAAAGUCAUGCCCUCCAUCCCCGCUGAGCGGAGCAAAUUUCAGCUCACCUGUCGUGUGAAGAUGCCUCAUUUUGACGUGGACUGGGACAUUCAAGAUGACACACAGCUAUUGCUGGGGAUCUACGAGCAUGGCUAUGGCAACUGGGACCUAGUCAAGACGGAUCCAGACCUGAAGCUCUCAGACAAGAUCCUUCCAGAUGACCCUAACAAAAAACCGCAGGCAAAACAGCUGCAGAUGAGGGCAGACUACUUACUGAAGACGCUGAAGAAGGAACAGGAGAGCAAAGAUGUCUCUAAAGCAGGAGAGGAGGCCAAGCUGAAAAAGAGGAAACCUCGAGUGAAGAAAGAAAAGGCUCUUAAAGAUGAGCUAGUCAACGAAAUCUCCUCUCCCCGCCUCUCCGACAACCCUUCUGAGGAAGGUGAAGUGAAGGAUGACGGAACUGAAAAAUCCCCUGCAAAAAAGAAGCCAAAGAAGAAGGACAACAAAGAGAACAAAGAAAAGCAAGGAGCUCAGAAGAAAGACAAGGAGAGUGACAGGGGGAAAAAGCGCCCCAAGCUCAAGAAAGACAAGAGCAAAUCAGGAGGCAAAGGGAAGAAGGCUCAGGGCCCUGUGCACAUUACAGCAGGCAGCGAGCCAGUUCCUAUCGGGGAGGAGGAUGAUGAGCUAGAUCAGGAAACCUUCAGCGUUUGUAAAGAGAGGAUGAGGCCAGUGAAGAAGGCUCUGAAGCAGCUGGAUAAGCCAGAUGAGGGCCUGUCGGUACAAGAGCAGCUGCAGCACACCCGCGCCUGCUUGCUGAAGAUUGGAGACCGCAUCACGGAGUGCCUUAAAGCUUACAACGACCCAGAGCAUGUCAAGACCUGGCGCAGAAAUCUCUGGAUCUUUGUGUCCAAAUUCACUGAAUUUGGAGCCAGGAAACUGCACAAGCUAUAUAAAAUGGCUCAGAAGAAGCGCUCCCAAGAGGAAGAGAAGGAGCAAAAGAAGAAAGACGACCCUGGCAGGAAAAAGCCCUUCCGGCCAGAACCAUCCGGAUCGAGUCGGGAUUCUAGCGGAGCCCAGCCUCCAACCAAAUCCCACCUGCCCCAGAACCACCCUGCAGGUCCCCCCUCCCACUCCCACCACAGAGAGUCCUACAACCAGUCCAGUAAGAGGCACUUCCCUAAUGAUGAUCGGGGAGACUGGCAAAGGGAACGUAAAUAUAACUACCCUGGUAACAGCAGCCAGUCUUGGCAAGUCGACCGCCAUCACCCCUACGACACCCACAGAUAUAAGGACCAUCACUAUGGUGACCGGCGACUACACACAGACUCUUACCGUAACCCCGGAGGCUAUCGUAAUCCCAGUUCCCCCCGAAAACGACCCUAUGACCAGUAUGGAAACGACCGUGACCACCGAAGCCAUCGUGACUAUUACGACAGACAUCCAGACCCCAAGAGAAGGCGAUCGGAUGAGUAUCGCUCCCCAAACUACCACCAGGGAGGAGGGGGAGGUCACUCUCAGGACUUCAGGAGGAUGCCUGAUCACCGGGGGCCGCCAGGGAACCAUGGCCCAGCGGGACCCGAUCACUACCGACCAUUUCACCCAGACAAGCCCCCUCCUCUUAUGGAUCCCCGCUCCCCACAAGCACAGAAAUCUCCCCUUGAGUGCCUCUCGCCCCUUGAGAGGACUGUAGAGCAGAAACCUGGGCCAGACCUCAACUGGAACAACAGAAAGACGUGAACAGGGGCAGGGGUAUGCGUGGGGGGCAGUCCGUACCACUAAUAGACACUGUAGGGAGGACAUCAUCAGUCCCUCAUGGGCACGACAGGUCCAUCUUGACCAGCCUCCACCAAAUCCCUUCCUUCAGCUAUAACCUGAAGAUCCAGCAUCUGGAGGUCUCCCUUGGGUGUCGGUGACCAGGUACAAGUCAGGAGGUUUGAACUGAGGAGAAGAAAUGGGGUUAGUCCUAUGGACUAUUAUGUGAAUAACCUUAAAGAGAGCCUUUGAAAUGACUGAGUUGGAAGCUUGAAAGUGCCUCAUGUAUUUGGCCUUUUUUGAAAGUCAUUAGUAGAAAAGGGAGUGUUCCCAAGCAAAUGUUACCUUGACGUAUAUUUAAUUUACUCCCCCCCCCCCCCC